AUGGUGACCCUGGUGCUGGAGGCCACAGCUGCCCUGUACAACCAGGACCUGUCGCGGCUGGAGCUGCUCCCUGGGGGGCUCCUGGAGAGCCACGGAGACCCUGGGCCCCUCUUUAGCACUAUUGUCCUCAACCAGUUUGUAAGGCUGCGGGACGGCGACCGCUACUGGUUUGAGAACACCAGGAAUGGGCUGUUGUCCAAAGAGGAAAUCGCAGAAAUCAGAAACACCACUCUUCGGGACGUGCUGGUGGCUGUUACCAACGUGGAUCCCAGUGCCCUGCAGCCCAAUGUCUUUAUCUGGCAUGAAGGUGCCCCCUGCCCUCAGCCUCGGCAGCUCACAACCCAAGGCUUGCCCCGCUGUGUGCCCCUGACCGUGAUGGACUACUUCGAGGGCAGCGGUCCUGGUUUUGGCAUCACCAUUGUGGCUCUCUGCUGUCUUCCGCUAGUGAGUCUGCUUAUCUCUGGGGUGGUGGCCCAUUUCCGGGGCUGAGAGCAAAAGAGACUACAGAAGAAAGGCAAAGAGAGUGUGAAGAAAGAAGCAGCCAAAGAUGGUGUGCCAGCGAUGGAGUGGCCGGGCCCCAGGGAGAAGAGCUAUCCCAUCACCAUUCAGCUGGUCCCAGACAGGCGUCUGCAGGUCCUGGACAGGUGGCUGUCUGUGCUUCGCACAGUCCAGCUGCAGCCCCCGCAGCAGGUCAACCUCAUCCUGUCCGGCAACCGUGGACGCCGUACCCUGCUGCUCAAGAUCCCCAAGGAGUAUGACCUGGUGUUGCUGUUUAACGCCGAGGAGGAACGGGACACCUUCGUGCAGCAUCUCCGGGACUUCUGUGUGCAGUGGGCUCUGGGUCUUGAUGUGGCUGAGAUGAGAGAGAAUGAGCUGUUCAGGAGGGCUGUGACCAAGCAGCAGCGGGGCCGCAUCCUGGAGAUCUUCUUCAGACACCUGUUCGCCCAGGUGCUGGACAUCGACCAGGCAGACGCAGGGACCCUGCCCCUAGACUCAUCACAGAAGGUACGGGAGGCCCUCACUUGUGAGCUGAGCAGAGCUGAGUUUGCCGAGUCCCUGGGCCUCAAGCCCCAGGACAUGUUUGUGGAGUCCAUGUUCUCCCUGGCGGACAAAGAUGGCAAUGGCUACCUGUCGUUCCGGGAGUUUCUGGACAUCCUGGUGGUCUUCAUGAAAGGCUCCCCAGAGGACAAGUCCCGCCUGAUGUUCACCAUGUAUGACCUUGAUGCAAAUGGCUUCCUCUCCAAGGAUGAGUUCUUCACCAUGAUGCGGUCCUUCAUCGAGAUCUCCAACAACUGCCUGUCCAAGGCCCAGCUGACGGAGGUGGUGGAGUCCAUGUUCCGGGAGUCCGGCUUCCAGGAUAAGGAGGAGCUGACGUGGGAGGACUUCCACUUCAUGCUGCGGGACCAUGACAGUGAGCUCCGCCGCACCCAGCUCUGCGUCAAAGGUGGAGGUGCUGGAGACAUCUUUAAACCAAACAUCAGCUGUCGCGUCUCAUUCAUCACUCGGACUCCUGGGGAACGCUCCUGCUCCCAGAAACUGGAGUUCUCUGCCUCGGAAGCCCCAGAGCUGGGGGGCCCUGGGCUGAAGAAGAGGUUUGGCAAAAAGGCGGUGGGGCCCACUCCCCGGCUGUACACGGAGGCACUGAAGGAGAAGAUGCAGCGUGGCCUCCUGGCCCAGAAGCUUCGGCAGUACAAGCGCUUCGUGGAGAACCACCGGCGGCACAUCGUGUGUGCCGCGGUCUUCUCGGCCAUCUGUGCUGGCCUGUUUGCAGAACGCGCCUACUAUUAUGCCUUUGCCUCACCACCCUCGGGCAUCGCAGAGACCACCUUUGUGGGCAUCAUCCUGUCCCGGGGCACGGCCGCCAGCAUCUCCUUCAUGUUCUCCUGCAUCCUGCUCACCAUGUGUCGCAACCUCAUCACCUUCCUGCGAGAGACCUUCCUCAACCGCUACGUGCCCUUCGACGCCGCCGUGGACUUCCAUCGCUGGAUCGCCAUGGCUGCUGUUGUCUUGGCCAUUCUGCACAGUGCCGGCCACGCGGUCAAUGUCUUCAUCUUCUCAGUCAGUCCCCUCAGCCUGCUGGCCUGCGUCUUCCCCAACGUCUUUGUGAAUGAUGGGUCCCAGCUUCCCCCAAAGUUCUACUGGUGGUUCUUCCAGACGGUCCCAGGUAUGACAGGGGUGCUGCUGCUCCUGGUCCUGGCCAUCAUGUAUGUCUUCGCCUCUCACCACUUCCGGCGCCGCAGCUUCCGGGGCUUCUGGCUGACCCACCACCUCUACAUCCUGCUCUAUGUGCUGCUCAUCAUCCACGGCAGCUUCGGCCUGAUCCAGCUGCCCCGUUUCCACAUCUACUUCCUGGUCCCAGCGCUAAUCUAUGGGGGAGACAAGCUGGUGAGCCUGAGCCGGAAGAAGGUGGAGAUCAGCGUGGUGAAGGCCGAGCUACUGCCUUCAGGAGUGACCCACCUGCAGUUCCAGCGGCCCCAAGGCUUUGAGUACAAGUCGGGACAGUGGGUGCGGAUCGCCUGCUUGGAUCUGGGGACCAACGAGUACCACCCCUUCACACUGACUUCUGCACCCCACGAGGACACGCUUAGCCUGCACAUCCGGGCAGUAGGGCCCUGGACCACUCGGCUCAGGGAGAUCUACUCACUUCCAAGGGGCGACGGCUGUGCCAGAUACCCGAAGCUGUACCUCGAUGGACCAUUUGGAGAGGGCCACCAGGAGUGGCAUAAGUUUGAGGUGUCAGUGCUGGUCGGAGGGGGUAUUGGGGUCACCCCCUUUGCCUCCAUCCUCAAAGACCUAGUCUUCAAGUCAUCCCUGGGUAGCCAAAUGCUCUGUAAAAAGAUCUACUUCAUUUGGGUGACGAGAACCCAGCGGCAGUUUGAGUGGCUGGCCGACAUCAUCCGAGAGGUGGAGGAGAAUGACUGCCAGGACCUGGUGUCCGUGCACAUCUACAUCACCCAGCUGGCUGAGAAGUUUGACCUCAGGACUACCAUGCUGUACAUCUGUGAGCGGCACUUCCAGAAGGUGCUGAACCGGAGUCUGUUCACGGGCCUGCGCUCCAUCACCCACUUUGGCCGCCCACCCUUUGAGCCCUUCUUCAAGUCCCUGCAGGAGGUCCACGCGCAGGUACCAAAGAUUGGGGUGUUCAGCUGUGGCCCUCCAGGAAUGACCAAGAACGUAGAGAAGGCCUGUCAGCUCAUCAACAGGCAGGACCAGACCCACUUUGUGCACCACUAUGAGAACUUCUGAGAACUUCCUGGUUUCUGUUUCCCCUCUGUGGACUAGCCCUGCCAGCAGUUUCUCUGUCAGAAUCCACCUCAGGCCUCAGCUAGAAAGCUGGAAGAGCCCCUAUGCUCUGAGAAGGUAGAGAAGACCCCUCCAGCUCAAGUCACAGCAGGUUAGGGCAAACAAAAGCAGGGUGGGGACAGUCCCCACCUUGUGAUAUCUGUAGAGGUGAAGAGAUACAAUAGUGUUUGCUUGUAAUAGGUCCCCAUGUCUCUGUUUUCCUUGCACAAAAUUGAUGUGUUGCUUUGGUAUUUUCUUGGCCAAGGCACUUGAGGGAUAAUGGAGGGGAUAUCUGAUGUGAAGAGAGGGCUAAGUGAGACUCGCCUCAGAGCCUACCUCAGAAGCCAUGAUGCUUAGAACCUGGAUAGUCAGACUGCCUCUAUUCAGUCUCUGAGGCCUUGUCCGUCCAGCUCCACCCCCGACCCCUUCUUGCUCCUAAAGGGAGCUCAGAGAGCAAACAUGGUUCCCUAGUCCUGAUGUUCCUGUGGUCAACCAGCAAUGUCUGUUGCUGUGACCUUUUUGUGGCCCCUCCCUGAGCUUGUGGAGCAGCCCCUGGGCUCUGAGACCAAGGGAGUCCAGACUGUCUGCCAGACGCUCAAAACUCCCUCUCAGUUCCCUACCUCCACAGGAGCAGGGUGACCAGCUGUCCUGGUUUGCCCAGGACUCUCCCACAACUCUAUCACUGAAAAUCUCCUGUCCUUGGAAAUGCCUUAAUCCCAGGCAACUCAGACAAAGUCAGUCACCCCACACAGGAGGCAGCCUGGAAUGUCACCUCUAUACUUGGCUCUUUAAGACACUUCCUUUUCCUUCUGCAACUGAUCCUUUCCUAAAAAGCUGAGCUUUAAAUUUUUUAAUAUAAAUUUAAGUAAAUUUGCAUACAGCAAAGUGUACAAAUCUUAAAGUUACAUGUACAUGUGUUAACACUACCCAAAUCAAGAUAUAGAACAUUUCCAUCACCCCAGAAACUUCCUUGUACCCCUUCCAGUCUCCCCCAAACAGUGGAAGCAACCCCUGAUGUGAUUUCUGUCACUCCAGAUUAGUUUUGGUCAUACUGAAUGUAUCCUUUGGAAACUGGCUUCUUUCACUCGGUGCAAUGUCUCUGCGAUUCAUCCAUACUGUUGUGUGUAUCAGUAGUAUAUUUCAUUUUCUUCCACUAUAGAGAUGUGCCAAGAUGUUUAUCCAUUCUUCUAUUGAUGGACAUUUCGGUUGUUUCCAGUUUUUGGUAAUUCUCAAUAAAGUGUCAAUGAAUG